GUGUAGAUCGCUUAAUGAAAGCGUUCGAUUGUUUUUUCAUGCUUGGUAAGGAGUAUAUACCACCGCGCGCUCUCAGCUACCAGCAAGCUCUUGGUCUCGAAAUCACCGUCAUUGAGAAGAUGGAUAUGCAUUUGCUUUACUCCAAGGAUAAGAUCUUUAUAAAGCCCUUCCCGCGGUAUCUUCUUGAACCGAAAUUUUGGGAUGAAUUUCUUGAAUGCCCCAAGGACAUCAUUUGGAUGCGCGCCAUGGGCUUCGCUUUCUCUUAUGUUGGUCUUGUGCGUAAUAGGAGCGACUUUGAGAUUGCAAAGGGGAAAAACUUGAUGCCAGAUGGCCUCAACUUUGAAAACUGGAAGUACUUUGUCUCUCGGGUGCUCAGCGACAACGCCGGCGGCAAGAUUCUCAGGCAUAUCGACAAGCGAUUCACAUUUGGCGAACUGAAUCUGGAGCGCCUCAACCAAAUUUUCAUGAUUCGUAGCCCUUUGAUGUGGCUGUGCCAAGGGAAUGAAUACCGAGACUUUGUCCAGGGUCCCUUCUUUCUGCCACCCUUUUCUAUUUAUGUGGCUGUCGUUAUGGGAUACAUGCUCGCUGGGACUGCGUACACAAAGUUCAAGAAAAACAAGAUAUUUUCAUUUGCAAUAGUGGUGUAAGUAGCAACUUUCUUUUCUUUGUGGCCCUCCUAAUGCUAAUGUUGACAUAGUUUAGUUGGUUGCCUCUGGUCUGUCAUUGGCUCGCUCUCUUUCGUCAUAACUUGUGCUUAAGGGAUCGAAGAUGAGGCCAGGCCAGAGAUGGACGGUCUUGAGAUUAGUCUGCGCGGCUAGGGUGGGAAAUGUGUGUUUCUGGAAUUUGGCUUGUUUGAUAGAGAUGGAUAACGAUGCAC